AUGGGUUAUUGGAAAAAUAUGGCAAAGGAAUGCAUUCAAAUUGAAAGAGGAGAUAAAUCAGUUGAAAGAAGACAACCAGAAAUCAAAUUUACCAACAUACCACCGCCAAAACCAGUCCCUGAAUCAUAUAAAAUAGUGUGGGAAAAAAUCAGGUCCAAUGUUGAUAUUGCUUUCAGUUAUCUGGCAGAUGAAACAGUUGGUAUAAUUGGCAUAUGGGGUAUGGGGGGUGUAGGCAAGACCACACUCUUGAAAAAAAUCAACCAACAAUUGUUAGAUAAUGCAAACAUGGGAUUUGAUCAUGUGCUAUUUAUUGAAGCUUCACAAAAUACUCUGUUGGAAGAAGUUCGGAAACAGAUUGCUGAAAGGUUGAAUCUGCACCGUGCUGGUAAAGAAGACAUCUUCAAUGUUUUAAAAAUUAGCAACUUUGUAUUGCUCUUGGAUAAUAUAUGGGAUGAAGUGGGUCUUAUUGAUCUUGGAAUUCCCCAUCCAUAUAGCGACGAUAAUUCCACCAAGCAAUAUAAACACAAAGUGAUUUUCACUACUCAAUCUGAAGAUGCGUGUGCCAAGAUGGGUGCAGGAGAAAAUACCAUCAAAGUGGAAUGCUUGGAAUCAGAUGAAGCAUGGGAUCUUUUCAAGGACAAUGUAAAUCUAGCUGUUAUUGAGUCAGAUGAAAAGUUUAAAGAAAUAGCAUGGCAGGUGAUGGAGAAGUGUGGUGGUUUUCCACUUGCUCUGAAAGUGAUUGGUAAGGCCAUGUCAAACAAAAAAUCUGUCCAAGAUUGGAAAUUUAUUUUGAACUCAAUAAAGAAUUCAGGCACUGAAGUAGUUCGAGGUGUGCAAGAAUCAUUACUUCCGAUUUUGAAAUUCAGUUAUGAUAAUCUAACUAAUGAUUUGAAGGAGUGUUUCUUAUCUAUUUGCAUGUUGCGAGGACAACUUAAACAUUAUAUUGUAGAGUUUUUUAUGGGAUUAGGUUUGAUUGGUGAUUUUGACAAUUUGCAAGAAGUUUAUGGCACAGUAGAAAAUAUCCUUAAGACUCUAGAGGAAUCAUGUUUAUUGCAGUAUUCUGAUGAUGAUUAUGGUUUUGUGAGGUUACAUGAUGUAAUUUAUGAGAUGGCAGUGUGGAUAGCAUCAGACUGUGGGAUGAAUAUGAAUAAAUGGAUAGUGAAAGACUUUCACUAUCGAGGCACAUUUGAAAUACCAUUAAUCGAUGCAGAGAAUUGGAGAUUCACGAACCGAAUGAUUAUAAUUGGGUUGGAGAAGCUUUUGCCAAUUUUGUCUCAUCAGUGUUCUGAUUUGUUGUGUUUAAUGAUAGAAUCUAAUCCUUAUUUCAAAAAUAUUCCUGAAGGAUUUUUCAGACAAAUGCCAAAUUUGACAUAUUUGAAUCUUUCAGGCACUAAUAUAGAAGAGCUUCCAAAGGACAUCAAAUGUUUGGUUAAUUUGCAAUACCUAAACAUUUCAAACACAAAUAUCUCACCACUUCCAAAGGAGUUGGUAUAUUUGAAGAAAUUACAAUAUUUGAUAUGCAGCCAUUUGAAUGGGCUUGGCAAGGUAGACCUGGAAGAUCUCUUGUCAAGAUUACAGAAGUUGAAGGUCAUUGACAUAUAUCCAUCAGGGUGGGUUGAUCUGGAACAGUUAAAGAAAUUGAAGAAACAUGUCAAAGCCAUAGGAAUGAGAGUAGUAUCAAAAGAGGUUCUCCAACAACUCUCAUGUUUCCCAAUGGCUUGGCUUUGUCUAUACAAUUUGGAUAUCAUCUCUCUUUCAUUUGACACUUUAAGUUGCAAAAAUCAUGGAUUCUUGCAGAAACUAGAAAUUGAAUCAUGCCCACAGCUUGAGCAGAUUAUGAUGAAUGGAAGUGGGAGUCAUCUCAAAUACCUCUCUAUCAGUGAUGUCAAAAAACUAGCAAACAUUAUUUGGAAACUCCGCUUUUCACCUUCUCUCAGCUUUCCCUUUUUCCCUUGA